AGCACUCAGCAAACAGUUGCUAAACGAACGAGCUGCCGCAAUGUGGACGCUGAUUGGAGUGCUCUUGGGCAUUGUGCCCGUGGCCUUUGCUGGAGUUUACCUGUAUCUCACCUGGUUCCAUGGCUACUGGACGAAACGUGGCCUGACGACGGCCCAGCCGCUGACUCUGCUCGGCAGCUAUCCGGGCUUGUUUGGAGGCGGCAGCAGCUUCAUCGCAGACAUUGGCAAGAUUUACAACAAAUACAAGGGCAAGGAGCGAGCCGUGGGCACAUUCCUGACACGGCAGCCACAGAUCCUGGUGCUCGAUCCGCAGCUGGCUCACGAGAUCUUGGUCACGAACUUCAGCGACUUCCGGGACACAGUGACUAGCAGCUAUGUGACCCACUCGACGGCCUAUGAUAAGUACGUCUCACGCAAUCCCUUCUUCAGUGCCGGCGAUGAGUGGAAGAAGCGCCGCGUGGACGGCGGAGCAGGCCUAACGCCCAAUAAGCUGAGGCAGGCCUAUGCCAUUUGGGAGCAGACGGGAGAGCAGCUCGUCAACUUCAUGCAGAGAUGCAUCGAGGAGCGGAAUAGCAAUGUCAUCGAAACCAGAGAUCUCUGCUAUCGCUACACAGCUCAGGCCAUGGGCGACUUCAUCUGGGGCAUCGAUGCUGGCUCCUUGACCGGCAGCAUCAAGGAGACGAGCUCCUUCCAGCGCGUCUCCACGGAGUGGGCUACGCAUGCUUUUCUGGGCAUGACGCGGUUCAAUCGCACGUCGAUUGCGCCCAUUGUGCGGAGAUUGUUUCGCAUGCGUUUCUUCACCCAGGCAGCGGAUGAGUUCUAUCUGAAGCUCACCCGGGAUGCGGCCAAGCUGCGGCAGAGCGGCAGUGGAGGGGAGCGUUCAGAUUACUUGGCGCAUCUGCUGCAGCUGCAGGAGAAGGGCGCCAGCCUGGACGAUAUGGUGGGUCAUGCUAUGACCGUGCUGAUGGAUGGCUACGAGACCUCGGGCGCUGUGCUCUACCAUAUGCUCUAUACGCUGGGCUCUUGUCCAGAACAACAGCAGAAGCUACGCUCCGAAAUCUUGACUGCGCUGGGCGGUGAUAAGCGCAUUAGCUACGAGCAGCUGACUUCUCUACCCUACCUCGAUCAGUGUGUUUACGAAUCGAUGCGUAUGACCAGCGUGAUUGGCUUCUUGCUCAAGAUCUGCACUAGGCCCACAAAAAUCGACUUGGGCAACGAUAAAAUCUUGAAUGUCGAGCCGGGCGUCACUGUGGCAAUACCCGCGUAUCACUAUCAUCACGAUGAAACCUAUUUUCCUCAACCGGACGAGUUUCGGCCCGAACGCUUUGACAAUGAAGGCGUCAGCGAGUUCACCAAGCGCGGCUGCCUCCUGGCCUUCGGGGAUGGACCACGCAUCUGCCUGGGCAUGCGAGUUGGCUUGCUAAGUGUGAAAAUGGCUCUGCUACGCAUUUUAUCCGAGUACAAAAUCGAGCAGACUAAAAAGUUGUCCCUGUCCUCCGACUCCGGCCUGGGAAUGUACUUGAAUGGGGAUGUUGAUUUGCGAUAUACGCGCAUAGAACUUGCCAAAUAAAAAUAUUCGAAUUUCAAUGUA